AUGCGAUUGCCUUUUCAACGGCGUGGCCCAUCGGCGCGCCAAAGCCACGGGCUUGGCUCCAUUCUUGGUCCCAGCCUGGUGGCUCUAGCAGCUCUGGCCCCAUUCUCGCAUGCCAUUAUUUUCAAUCCGGUUCCCUCACCGAAUCUCGACUUCUCAAAACUGGGUAGGAUCGGCGUUGUGGGAGAUUUUGAUGGUAUUUCUCUCUACGAGUAUGAGGGUCAGAAUGAGCGCCCUCGCAGCGCCAAUGGGAGCGAGUCGCUCCUGGCUCCGAUGCCCAACGGCGCUUUUGCCUCGAUCGUGGCUACCGACGCCUCCAUCCGGGCCAUGUGCACGUUCAAGCUCAGCAAUGGGGUAAUGCAGGGUGUGGUAAUAGGUGGUAAUUUCACGAGCUUGGACGGCACACAAUCGAAGGCGGUGGCCCUCUUCAACCCAAACACGACCGAAAUCACGCCUCUGGACGGACUCGAAGGCGAGGUGAACGCUCUGUUGUGCGACGAGGAGCGAGAUACGGUCUAUGUGGGAGGUAACUUCAAGGGUGCCAACUCUACCAACGCUAUCGCUUGGGUUGGCACAGAUGGCUGGACCAACUUGCCGUUUGCCGGUUUCAAUGGUCCCGUCAAGGCCAUCACCAAGGCCUCAAACGGGCACAUCAUUUUUGGUGGUACAUUCACGGGACUAGGAAAUUCUAGCACGCCGAACGCAUCGAACACCCAGGUCAUCAAUCUUUCCACAGCAAAACUCAGCGACCAGAACGGCGCCUCUGGGACCGAACCCAAGGAUAUCGUUUGUCCCGGAGCGUCGUCUAGCUCCUGGUUGCUUCAGAACAACUCGCCCGGUUACUGGGAAGCGGAUUUCUCUUUCGGAUUUGCGCCCACCAAGCUCAGACUUCGAAACGCCCAAGGCGACCAUGGCACCAAGACAUUCCGAUUUCUCGCCUACCCGAUCGACGGCAUCAUGAACCUGACCUAUGUUGAUCCUGACAGCGGUAACAACGUGACCUGCACCAGCGAGUGCCCCCUUCGCAAUGACGCCGAAUACCAGGAGUUUACCUUUGUUAACAGAGUCGGUAUGAACAAGUUCCGUAUCGCUAUUUCUGAGUGGUACGGCAACGGAGGUGGUUUGGCGGGCAUCGAACUGUUCCAGAGCGACAUUUAUUCUUAUGCUGUUAGCGCCUUCAAUGAGCCUACAUGUGGAGGAAUCCAGUUCCCAGCUUCGGCAUCUCACACAGGCCCCUGGAAAGUUGCCCCAUCUCUGGAAAGCAGCUCCGACUACCUGGAGGCUGAACUCACCCGCGACUAUGACCCAGAUGAGGUCUUUGUCACGUUCUAUCCCAACAUCGAGGAAUCCGGCAACUACUCGGUCAACUUGUACACCCCAGGCUGCCAAGCUGAUGGAACCUGUUUGACCAGAGGCCGUGUUAACAUCACCGGAAUCAUGUCAACUGGGUCUGACGAGGAGUCCAACUUUACCACGACACUGUAUCAGACAAACAACUUUGACAAGUACGACCAGAUCUACUUUGGAUACAUCGAGAAGAACUCGGACUCGUUCAAGCCUUCCGUCACCAUUCGCCCCCUUGCCGGCCAAGACGUUGAUGCCCUUACGAUCGUCGCACAGAGAGUCGGGUUCACUUUGAUCAACUCGACUGGAGGUCUUAACGGCUUGUUUGACUUCGAUCCCGAAGUAGCCGUCAUCAACGCAUCGUCUCUCACGAACUCGCCGAUUAACAAACUCGGCGCCAGCUUCGACAGGGCCUCUGGUGUCACAACUCUAAUCACUGAUGAUAAUGUCACAUAUGUUGGCGGCAACUUCACGUCCAAGGACCACGACAACAUUCUCGCCAUUAUUGAGAACGAUGACGUCAAAGAGCCCGGCGGUGGCCUCAACGGAGAAGUCUUUGCCAUGUACCUCAACGACACGCAGCUCUACGUCGGUGGAGAUUUCUCCAACACUCAGACUGGACCUGUCAAGGGCUUGGACAAUGUGGCCGUAUACGACACCAAGGAGGACAAGUGGAGUGCCCUUGGCGCUGGCGUUGACGGCCCCGUUGAGCAUGCUGUGCCACUAACUAUCAACAUCACGCAGGAUACCCCUGAGGUGGUUAUUGCAUUUGCCGGAUCCUUCUCCACGUGCAACGCAUUUAGCGAUUACGAUGCUGUCUCAGUUGAUGGCUUCGCCAUUUGGGUUGCUUCCAAGGGCACUUGGCUCCAAAAUCUUGAGGGUAACUACCCUGGUUUCACUGGCUCGCUCACGGCUGCCAUUCUUGACCUCCCGAUGGGCGGAUCGCUCUAUGCUGGCUCCCUGUCAUCUGCCCAGUUCGGUAUCAAUGGCGCAGCUACUCUUUCGAAUGAAGGCCUGGGCCAGUUCCCCUUGAAGAUCCGCACUUCGUCUUCGUCUUCCAACUCUUCGACCCUGACUCGUCGCGAUGUCAGCUCGAUGAAGAACGAUACGACCGGUGUGAUGACUGGCAUUUUCUACGACGAGGAUGAUCACAACAUCACCGUCCUUGCUGGUCACUUCACGACCGAGUCGUCAGACGGCAAGGCGAUCGAGAACAUCGUUCUCCUUGAAGAUGAUUCCGUGUCGGGGAUUGGGUCUGGUAUCUCGAGCGAAUCCACCUUUGUCGCCCUCGCCAUCCGCAGCGGCGUGCUGUUUGCUGGUGGCGAUAUCAGCGGCACCAUCGAUGAGACGGAUGUCAAGGGUCUCAUCUCGUACGAUCUGACAUCCAAGAGCUUCACCAGCCAGCCGCCGUCCAUCUCAGGGGCCAACAGCACUGUGGCAGCCAUUGCCGUUCGUCCUGAUUCUGCCGAUGUGUACAUCGGUGGUUCAUUCGAAAAUGCCGGUGCCCUUGAAUGUCCUGGUCUUUGCACCUACAACGUGGACUCUGGUCAGUGGAACCGCCCUGGCAGUGAACUCGAGGGAACUGUUUACAGCCUGCUGUGGGUUAGCAAGAACCAGUUGAUUGCCGGUGGUGAUCUUCGCGGUAAUGGAUCUGACCAACGCUUCCUGGCAAGCUGGGAUGCCAAGAAGGAGGAAUGGACCAACUUCCCUGGUGCGGAUGACCUCCCCGGGCCUGUUGUGGUUCUCUCUCCUGCAUCCAGCGAUUACGACCAGCUUUGGGUGGCGGGCACUUCCCUCGAGGAUGGCUCCGUCUUCAUUAUGAAGUACGACGGUGAGAAGUGGCACACGGUCAAGCCAGCCCUGUCUUCAGACACCAUCAUCCGCAGCCUUCAGGUCUUCACCGUGACUGAAGACCAUGAGCAGAACGAGUUCCUGGACAAGAAGCAGGUUUUGAUGCUUACAGGAUCGAUCGACAUUCCCGACUUUGGGGUGGCAUCAGCAGCCAUCUUCAACGGCACGACCUAUCAGCCCUAUGCGCUGACCAUGAAGGCGGGCAACUCUCCGGGAACCAUUGCCGGCAUCUUUUCGCAGAGAGAUAACUUCUUCUCUGAAGAGAGCCACAUGCCUCUGGUCUUUGUCAUCCUCAUCGGCCUUGCCAUUGCGCUGGGUCUGAUGCUCCUCCUGGUUCUAGCGGGCAUCAUUCUCGACCGCAUUCGCAAGAAGCGCGAGGGCUACGCUCCGGCGCCGACGUCCAUGUACGAUCGAGGAAGCGGAAUGCAGCGGAUUCCGCCUCACGAGCUUCUCGAGUCGCUCGGCCAAGGGCGGAGCGGUGCGCCUCGCGUGUGA